CCUGCUCCGGGGGAAGGAAAAGACAUAAAACGGGCUCAAAGAAAAUACGCACAAUAUAGACAGGGCCCCGGUGAAAUCAUGGCAGACGGGAGGAUCUAUGUGGGGAACCUUCCGACGGAUGUUCAGGAAAGAGACAUUGAGGACCUUUUCUUCAAAUAUGGGAAGAUCCGAGACAUUGAGCUGAAGAACAACCGUGGCACCAUCCCGUUUGCCUUUGUCCGUUUCGAGGACCCUCGUGAUGCAGAGGAUGCAGUCUAUGGGAGAAAUGGCUAUGGAUUUGGGGACUGCAAGUUGCGAGUGGAGUACCCUCGCUCCUCCUCCAAAUUCACUGGCCCCAUGGGAGGAGGGCCCAGGGGAAGAUUUGGCCCUCCGACCCGCAGAUCUGAGUUUCGGGUCAUUGUGACUGGCCUCCCUCCGACAGGCAGCUGGCAGGACCUAAAGGACCACAUGCGGGAGGCAGGGGAUGUGUGUUUCGCCGAUGUCCAGCGGGAUGGGGAAGGCGUGGUGGAGUUCCUGCGGAGAGAGGACAUGGAGUACGCUCUGCGCCGACUGGACGGGACUGAGUUUCGCUCGCACCAGGGGGAGACUUCAUACAUCAGAGUCCACGAGGAAAGAGGCUCCAGUUGGGGGCGCUCACGAUCCCGCUCCAGGUCUCGGGGACGCUAUUCACCCCCCUACCCAAGCCGGGGUUCUCCUCCCCCACGCUAUCAGUCCCCCCCACCCCGCCGGCAUUCUUUCUCCCGCCAUAGCCCACCCCCCCAUCGCAUCCCAGCACAGCACCACAGCCCUCCCCGGCACUAUCGGUAAACACCCACCAAACACACCUGAAACAGGUCACCAACCACCAACAAUGAGAAUUUUUUUCUGCAGUUUUAUUUGUUUAAUUUACAUUCCAUUAUAAGGACUGCCCCCCUCCCAAGGCCUUAAGUUGUAGAGUUGUCCCAGAGAGACGAGGAUAGCAGAUGAUACAGUAUCCAGAUCUGCUGUUCAAGUGGGAGAGCAAGCCACCAACUGUCAGUGGACCAGUGGAACAUCUGAGAGACUGUGGACAUUCUCUGCACACAGCGUUCAUCACAGGUUGAAUCGUUUUUUCACUGCUGUGCUGUCCCACAUUUUGGGAGUGCAGUACUGUUUGGUCGGAGCAGAGGUCUCCCUUUGGAAUAUAGAGUACCCAUACAGUGUGAAUAUCGACCUACCCCAUCACAGUGGUUCACGCCGUUCUGUCAUGAAGCUCAACCUGUUUUCAUGGAAGAGGGAUUCUUUCUACAGUCUUCCUCUCUGGAUGCUCCUCUGGCAAGCUUCUGUCUCCAGACUAUUACGUGAUUUUUUUUUCUUUUGUUUUAAUUAAGAGGCAAAACAUUUUUAAUUAGAGAUUACCGCCUCUGUUCACCCAGUGUUCUUCCUUUGUAUCUUGUAAUGGCUGUGUAUAAAAGCAGAUUUUUUCCAAUUAAAAGAUGGA